CCAAUUCAUUUGGCAAUUCGUUUUUCCUCGUUUGAAAUUUGGUCGCACCGGUAGUUUAUUUACAUUUUUACAAUUUUAUGAAACUAAAAGAUAAACAAUAAAUAGCCAGAACCAUGCCUAAAGUAGUUUCCCGAAGUAUUAUAUGCUCCGACACGAAGGAUCAGGAAGAGUACAAUGAGGAAAAGCCGCUAAAUAUCUAUUACUGCUUGUGUAAUAAGAUGGCUUUGAUAUUAGAUUGUUCCUUAGAGCAGCUUCCGUUGCGAGAAGUUGACAAUGCACGUGUAAUAAAUGCGACUGAGCAUGCCAACAAACUCACCUACAAUCCAACGCCAAGGAUGAUCUACAUAAAGCGCAAGAGCAGAGGCAAUGCUAUUGAAAAACAGUAUCGUUACAAGUGCCGAAGCUGCAAUUUGCCACUAUACUAUCGCCACAGCCCAGACUCGAAUGUAACGUUUGUGAUGUUCAAUGCCCUCAUGCGAAACAAAGGAGACAAGCCCUUAACCAAAAUUCUCAGCUCUAGCUCCGAAGCUAAGAGCAAAACUUCAACUUCCACACAAUCAGGUGCGAGUGCCGCUGGGGAAGAUUCGGGCAUUGUUGACGCCAGUGGAAAGAAGGUUAUGGUAACAAGGCACACCAAGAAUAUGGGCAAGUUCAGUUCGGUCACUGUAUCCACCAUCGACGAGGAAGAGGAUGAAAUCGAAGCGCGUGAAAUUGCCGAUAGUUAUGCGAACAAUGCUCGGAUUAUAGAAAAGCAGCUACAACGCAAGGGCGGAAAGCUUAGUGAUGUAGGGAUCAAGGGAAAGACGGAGGAUGCACCCCCACCAAAAAAACAGCGAGGCACACUAUUAGAAAGAUAAUAUUUUCCUAAAUAAAAUUUACAAUAAGUCAAAUAUGUAUGAGCAUUAUUAUAACAAGACAAAAGCCUAAAAAGUAUUCCAUUCUUUAAAGAAUACCAGAGACGCUUUUGUAUAAUUAUAUUUAGCCCAUCAAAUUUUUA